AUCGCCGACUCGAAGUAUCGGGUGCAGCCAAGAAGCAAUGGACCCACUGCCGCAGUACAGAUUGAGCAUGGAUCAGGAAGCUGAUAGCAAAGUGCAAGGAGGACAGCUGGUGAAGGUGGCUAAGGAAAUAUCCGCUAGUUGGCAAGAGCUGGCUGCUUAUCUUGAUCCUGACCUCUUCUCUCCAGUUGCUACUUCCGUUAUCCGGCAUCAGGACCUCUCGGAUCCACAGAAGCAAGCAAGGCGAAUGCUGGGUAAAUGGGUGGACAACCAUGCGGAGCGUGCUACUCGACGUAAGCUUAUUCUAGCUCUUUGUGAGAUGGGAAAUCGGGCACAAGCCCACAAUGUUUUCACUGAAGCUCUUGUCACGUUUGUGGAGAAGGGAGGUAAAUAUUGUGUGGUGUCUCUGAUUGGUGCACGAGUAGUUAAUUACAAGAAUUGGCUGGAGUGUGGAACAUGUUAGGAAAAUUGCUGUAUUGUAAGAACUUGUAUGAUAUAUGCAAUGAUUACAAUGUUCUACAGUGGCGUAGGAAGCAGUACGACUGUGCUUUUUGGUGACCUCGCAUACCCACACUCUACUAUGCUCUCUUCCGGUCUGUCUCCAUGGUACAUGUAUGCAUACUGCGCAGAAUCACUAAACUGCGAAAUCGUGGCUAAAGCCGCAUUGGCACAAGGAUAAAGA